GUCAGUGAUGAGCAGGCGCCACCCAAGCCCCCCUUGCCAGAGGGCGAGGUGCCCCCGCCGCGGCCCCCUCCCCCAGAAGAGAGGGACGAGGAGUUCCCUGAGCAGAAGGUCGGGGAGGUGCUCAGUGAGCCCAUGAUGGUUGCGGCCAGGCAGCUGCAUGAUGAGGCGCGCAAGUGGUCCAGCAAGCCUGAGGAAGAGGAGGCGGUAGAGGAGAGGGAGGUAGAUGAUGACGAUGAGUUUACUGAUGGUGAGGAUGACUAUGAGCCAGAGCUGCUGAUGAUGCCAUCCAACCAGCCUGUCAAUCAACCCAUGCUGGCAGCCGCCCAGGCUCUCCACCAGGAGGCGCGCAAAUGGUCCAGCAAGGGUAACGACAUCAUCGCGGCGGCCAAGCGCAUGGCUCUGCUGAUGGCAGAAAUGUCCCGGCUGGUGCGCGGCGGGAGCGGGAACAAGCGGGCACUGAUUCAGUGCGCCAAGGACAUCGCCAAGGCAUCGGACGAGGUGACGAGACUGGCUAAGGAGGUGGCCAAGCAGUGCACCGACAGACGCAUCAGGACCAACCUCCUGCAGGUGUGUGAGCGCAUCCCGACCAUCAGCACGCAGCUGAAGAUCCUCUCCACCGUCAAAGCCACCAUGCUGGGACGGACAAACAUCAGUGAAGAGGAGUCCGAGCAGGCCACAGAGAUGUUGGUUCACAACGCCCAGAAUCUGAUGCAGUCAGUGAAGGAGACCGUCAGGGAAGCAGAAGCCGCCUCCAUCAAGAUCCGUACGGACGCUGGAUUCACCCUCCGAUGGGUGCGCAAGACUCCUUGGUACCAAUAAACAAACCAGGUCACUGAAAACACAGCGACAGCACACACCUCAUGAGUCAUAAUGUGCACAGUCAUCGUGGGUGCGUGCAUUAGAUUCGGUACCGAGCAGGUUUCAUUUACAGGAGUGAAUUCCGCUUUGCUCUCCACUUCCCUUUAUCUGUAACUUUUUAAUAUAUAUUUUUAUGGUAUGUUGUGUUAUGAGAGUUUAUCCAAAUCCC